AAUGUUGAAGUUUACCUUUAUAUUGCUAACAUUUAUGAGACAAAAAUAAAAAUUUUAUUUAAUAAGAAAAUUGUUUUUAUGGCAAUAAAAAAAAUCUUAGUCUAUUCAAAGACAACAUAACCUUUUCUUUCUGAAUAGCCAAGCGCUGUCAAGCUAAGGCAUCAAAAUGACGAACUCCAAAGGUUACCGCCGUGGAACCAGGGACUUGUUCGCCCGCAGGUUCCGUACCCAUGGCACCAUCCCUCUAUCUACUUAUAUGAAAGUAUACAAAGUCGGUGACAUCGUCGACAUUAGGGGCAAUGGUGCAGUCCAAAAGGGUAUGCCACACAAAGUUUACCACGGAAAGACCGGUCGAGUGUACAACGUCACAGCUCACGCUCUUGGAGUCAUCGUGAACAAGAAGGUUGGUGGAAGGAUCAUCCCCAAGAGGAUCAACAUCCGCAUUGAACACGUCAAGCACUCCAAGUGCCGAGAGGACUUCCUCAAGCGUGUGAAGGAAAACGAGAGGUUGCUAAAGGAAGCCAAGGCUGCCGGAAAGGUCAUAAACCUCAAGAGACAACCACAGCCCCCCAGGGCUGCUCACAUUGUCAGCGGUACAGAGAAACCAGUCCUGCUCGCUCCUAUUCCAUACGAGUUUGUAGCCUAAAGUGAAAUAUAUUAUUUGUAAGACAUAA